CAGCGGCGAGCCGGCCGGGGCAGCGGUCCCGGGGGGCGGCUAAGGGAGCUGGGCCAGGGCUGCGGGGCUGGCAGCUGUGGGGCUAACGGGACGGCAAGGCUCGGCACGGCGAUGGCGGCGCGCUCGGCGCAGACAGAGCUGUGACCUGGCCCUGCUUGCAGUUGAUGAGCCUGCCCACCAUGGCAAGCCCCACUCUGAGCCCUGACUCCUCAUCCCAGGAGGCCCUGUCAGCCCCCACCUGCUCCCCCACCUCUGACUCUGAGAACCUCAGCCCCAAUGAGCUGGAGCUGCUAGCCAAGCUGGAAGAGCAGAACCGGGAGUCAAAUUGAUGCUUAGCAGACAAGUACUCCUUGAAGCCCUUUAAAUCUGCUCUGGCUUUCCUCCUUUGACAUGCUCCUGGAAGCCGACUCCAAAUCAAUGCGCUCCAUGAAUGGCUCCCGGCGAAACAGCGGCUCCUCUCUCGUAUCCAGCUCCUCCGCCUCCUCUAACCUGAGCCACCUGGAGGAGGACACAUGGAUCCUAUGGGGCCGAAUCGCCAAUGAGUGGGAAGAGUGGCGGCGUAGGAAGGAAAAGCUGCUUAAGGAGCUUAUCCACAAGGGCAUCCCGCACCACUUCCGGGCCAUUGUGUGGCAGCUCCUGUGCAGCGCUACAAACAUGCCAGUCAAGAACCAGUACUCAGAGCUGCUCAAGAUGUCCUCGCCAUGCGAGAAGCUGAUCCGCAGGGACAUCGCCCGCACCUACCCAGAGCACGAGUUCUUCAAGGGCCAGGACAGCCUAGGCCAGGAGGUCCUCUUCAAUGUCAUGAAGGCAUACUCUCUGGUGGACCGGGAGGUGGGCUACUGCCAGGGCAGUGCCUUCAUCGUGGGCCUGCUCCUAAUGCAGAUGCCGGAGGAAGAGGCUUUCUGUGUGUUUGUGCGGCUGAUGCAGGAGUAUCGCCUUCGGGAGCUCUUCAAGCCCAGCAUGGCUGAGCUGGGGCUCUGCAUCUACCAGUUUGAGUACAUGCUGCAGGAGCAGCUCCCGGACCUGAACACUCACUUCCGCUCCCAGAGCUUCCACACGUCCAUGUACGCCUCGUCCUGGUUCCUCACACUCUUCCUGACCACCUUCCCACUGCCUGUCGCCACUCGUGUCUUCGACAUUUUCAUGUAUGAGGGCCUGGAGAUCGUGUUCCGGGUAGGCCUCGCCCUGCUGCAGGUGAACCAGGUGGAGCUGAUGCAGCUGGACAUGGAGGGCAUGUCCCAGUACUUCCAAAAGGUGAUACCCCAUCAGUUCGACAGCUGCCCGGAUAAGCUGAUCCUCAAGGCUUACCAGGUCAAGUACAACCCUAAGAAGAUGAAGAGGCUCGAGAAGGAAUACGCAGCCAUGAAGAGUAAAGAGAUGGAGGAGCAGAUCGAAAUCAAAAGGCUUCGAACAGAGAACCGACUUCUGAAACAGCGGAUUGAGACCCUGGAGAAGGAGAGCGCUGCUCUGGCUGAUAGGUUAAUCCAGGGACAGGUGACACGGGCGCAGGAGGCCGAGGAAAAUUAUGUCAUCAAGCGGGAGCUGGCGGUGGUGCGGCAGCAGUGCAGCUCAGCAGCAGAAGACCUGCAGAAAGCGCAGAGCACCAUCCGGCAGCUGCAGGAGCAGCAGGGUAACCCUCGCCUCACCGAGGACUUUGUGGCCCACCUGGAGACUGAGCUGGAACAGUCAAGGCUGCGGGAGAUGGAGACAUUAGGGGCCCUACGGGAGAUGCAGGACAAGGUUCUAGACAUGGAGAAGAGGAACAGUUCACUGCCUGAUGAGAACAACGUGGCCCAGCUACAGGAGGAGCUCAAGGCACUCAAGGUGCGGGAGGGCCAGGCGGUGGCCUCUGCAAGGGAGCUGAAGCUGCAGCUGCAGGAGCUCUCGGACACCUGGCAGGCCCAUCUGUCCCGCGGGGGCCGCUGGAAGGAGUCCCCACGGAAGCUGGUCCUGGGCGAGCUGCAGGAUGAACUGAUGAGCGUGCGUCUGCGCGAGGCCCAGGCUCUGGCCGAGGGCCGAGAGCUGCGGCAGCGCGUGGUGGAACUCGAGACGCAGGACCACAUCCACCGCAACCUUCUGAACCGCGUAGAGGCAGAACGCGCGGCUUUGCAAGAGAAGCUGCAGUAUUUGGCUGCGCAGAACAAGGGGCUGCAGACACAGCUGAGUGAAAGCCGCCGCAAGCAGGCAGAGGCCGAGUGCAAGAGCAAGGAGGAGGUGAUGGCGGUGCGCCUGCGAGAGGCAGACAGCAUGGCUGCGGUGGCUGAAAUGCGGCAACGCAUUGCAGAGCUGGAGAUCCAGAGGGAGGAGGGCCGCAUCCAGGGCCAGCUGAACCACUCAGACUCUUCGCAGUACAUCCGGGAGCUCAAGGACCAGAUAGAGGAGCUGAAGGCCGAGGUGCGACUACUGAAGGGCCCGCCAUCCUUCGAGGACCCACUGGCCUUUGACGGGCUACAUCUGGCACGGCACCUGGAUGAGGACUCGCUGCCAUCGUCCGAUGAGGAGCUGCUGGGCAUGGGCGUGGGCGCAGCACUGCAGGAUACACUCUACCCGCUGUCCCCCCAAGACGCUCGCUUCCUCCGCAGUCUGGAGCGGCCAGCCAAGGACAGUGAAGGCAGCUCAGACAGCGAUGCCGAGGAGCUGGCCACACCCUACAGUCAGGGCCUGGACAACUGAGGCCCUGCCCUUGAGCCUAGAGCUGGGGGUGGGGGAGGGCCUCCAGGGCCACACUUAAACUCCAAACCCACUCCAAGGGACACAGCAGGAUGCAGAGGGUAGAGCUGGAGCCUGAGGAUCCUCAGGGUACCUGUCAUACCCACCCUCCCCAGCACUGUUUAACCAUCUUGGUCAGUACCCCUCUAGGCCCAGUUGCCUGGAAAUCUGCCCCUCUUAACAGAAAGGGCACGAGAGGACACAGAGGUCCCAGGACUGGUAACAGAAAGCUCCCUCCUCCCACCAGGCCUGGGUAACAGGAGGGUAGCCCUGCUGGGAAGGGCCAACGAACUGGAGGAGGCCUGAGGAAGAAGGGGCCACUCUGGGCUGGAUGUCAACACCUCACAAUGUUCCUGGGGAUCCCUGGCUUCCAGGGACAGAUGGCCAAGCUGGGCUUUCCUGCCUGAUGCAGGCCUCAUGGCCCAAGCAGAAACCAAAGUCCCCCUUACUGUGUACAGGGUCACCUGGGGUGUGCACAGCCAGCAGGAACCAGGCCAGGGCAGUGCCUGUCCCUGCUUCUUGGGAGGAGGGGGGGCCAGAGCAGCUGAAAGGAUGUCAUGAGACCCAGGUCCCCAGUGCCCCUACAUCUUCCUCUGUGAAGCACCUCAUCACCCCAUCUUGACCAGUGAUGGAAGGGCUCCGCCACCCAGGCUAGCCUCCUCUCCAGGGGUCCCCAGCCUCCACUUCCCUUCCUUCCCUCGGUUCCCCAGCCCCACCCUUUUGCCAGGUCCAAGCCCCAGGAGAGGAGGCUGCCCAGAGGAGUGGCAUCCCCAUGCCUCCUUCCUCAUGAUGGUCCUGUGGUCUCUGUAGUCAGAGCCAAGAAUGGUGCCAAAGUCCAACAAUGCUCCCCCAGACCCCUUCCCUUUCAGGGCCUUUUGACUCUUGGGGCUCCUGGAGCCUGAAGCGGCCUCCUCGGCACCUCCUGGAAUGGGGAUUCAUGCUCAGCCCCCCACCCCUUCCCACUUGCCCACUGCUCAGUGUUACAAAGCCUGGGGACCAGGGUGGGCAUCGCGGGGCUCUUCCAUGUGCCUCUCACACUGCCCACCACCAUUUUGCACACUGCCUGUUCACACUCCACAUGUCGCCCAGGAGGGGAUAGAAAAUAAAGUGUAUUUACACAGUCACAAA